AUGGGUCAAACUUCCAGCACUAAACGUCUUCAUGGUUCAACGCACUCGACCCCCUCAUUGUUCCCAUUACCAUCGGAUGAAUCUGAUUUACCUGAAACUGCUGUACUUGAUGUGGAACUAGAAAUUGUGUCUGCUAAAGAUAUUAUUGCAGGAGAUUAUUUAGGUGUUACGGCGUUAAUGAAAGGGCAAUUGUGUUCAAGUGACGCUUACGUUGUGAUUGAAGUUGACGGCCAAAGAGUGGCCUGGACUCACCCUGUCUUUUCUACGCUGGAACCUAUUUGGAACGAAAAGUUUUUCUUUAAGAAUAUCCAGCCAGAUUCUAUGUGUAGAUUGUCCCUGUUUGACAAAGACGUAAAUGCUGACGAUGAGUUGGGGGAGACGCGCUUUACUGUGGUCAAUACGAAUGGCACGAGGUCGACGUUUGAGCUGGCUAUCUCGCUUAAUGAAAGAGAUGCCGGUACUAUUGUCGUCAAGGUCAAGUCAAAUCCGGUGUACCCUGAACGUGGUUCUUUGUUCCAAGAGUAUGGCCCUGUGCGCUAUUCAGUACACUCGAGUGUGACGGCUGGACUGAUGACCAUGUCAUUUUCAAACGAUGCCAAAGUGGAGUCUUUGGCAUAUCACAUUCAGCUGCACAAUAUCUCGCAAUUCUUGUCCAAGGACCACGAGUGGAACAAGAACUACCCUACAAUUCAGCGCAUUUUCUCGCCAAGCUACCCCGAGUCAUUUGUACUACGUCAAGCAAUAUUGGCGCAGCAUGCUUUAAUCUACACACACGGCCCCAGCAACACAAAAUACGGUUCUAUUUUGUCGCCUGUCGAAUUCUUCAAACUUAUUCACGGUGGCAGACGCCAAGACAAACCAGUUCUAUUCACUUACGUCAUAACUAAGAAUGGCUGGUAUUUUUCCGAGACAGGUGCAGCAUUUUUCAAGGACAUGUUAUCGAAACACAUGUUGCACUCGGGUGCUGCAUUAUCAGUGUUGUACGCUGGAGAGUUCCGUGUUGAUAAUUCUCUGUUUGGUGAGCCAAAGCUCGUUAUUGACAACGAUAGUGGCACGUACGCGCCGCCUGUGGCGGAUCUACCGCUGUUAAAGGCGCUUAUUGAGAACAACUUCCCAGGAAUUGCAGUCGAGGCGUUGGGUCGCGAAGACGAAGACUUGCAGCGAAAGCGCAAGGAAAUUCUGGAUUUAUGGAUGUAA